UGCAUAGAGAUGCGCUUUAGUUAGCAUAUUCUUUGUUUAACUUUCCACGAAGUCACAUUAUGCAUUCAAUUGUACAGAGAUAAGAAUGUUCAGGAAUUUAACUCUUCACCAUAAAUGUGAGGAAAUAAAAUAAGAGUUAUUUCGAACAAUCCCAUUUAGAAUUUCUCCAAACCAUAUUCUUAGUUUUAUUGUACUUUAAAUUUUUUAUAUACACUUAUCUCAUUGACAAAUCAAGAAUACUUCUUGUAAUAUCCUUAAACUUAAUGGCAGGAAACGCCUUAAAGGAAAAUUUAAAUCAUUGUACAAGUCAGAAUAUGCUUUGCGAGAAUUCAAAACGAAAUUAUUCUAAAUAACUCCUAUUUUGUUUUCUCACAUUUAUGGUAAAUAGUUAAAUUCCAGCACAUUCUUAUCUCUAUACAAUUGAAUGCAUAAUGUGAUUUCGUGGAAAAUUAAACAGAGAAUAUGCUGACUAACGCGCAUCUCUAUGCAACUAGAGUAAAAUAGCAAAGUAAAACCUGUUAAAUACAAAAUGUGUGCAUCUGGACAGUAUUAAAUUUUCUCAAUUUCUCUGGAAAAAAGUUGAUCAUUUUUGGACAUUAACAAUUUUGAUGCCAAUAAGGUGUACAAAGGAAACAAACUACAUAGAAAAUAAGGCACAAUUUUCUUAAGACUAAUUUUGUACAAAAAGUGACAUGUCUGUUUGACUCGGCUUCAUCCUUGUUUUUCACAACGUUUUAGAAACAACGGCUGUCACACCACUAUCAACAAUUCCAUCAGAAACGCCGGAAGCGAAACAAACAGGAGAAACAUCACUAACUACAGGCUUCACUGGAACUGAAUCAAGUCGAACUGAAGAAACCAGUUUAGGUCUUACAUCCGUUAGUACUGUAGAAGGUAGCACACCUAGUUACACGGUUAUAACAACACUAACUGGUUCAACUACUGAAGCAGUGUCAGGAACAACUACGAAGAUAUGUGAAGAAAUGCAAGCUGUAGAUGAAGCUGUUAGCAAGAAGAUAACUGUGAAACCGAACGAAUUACCUAGAGGUGAAAACAUGAAAUUUCAACCAACAUCUCAACAAGGUGUUUCUUUCGACAAAAAUGAUCUUAAACCAAUAAUUACUGUUCAUUUUGACAAACCUGCUCCAGUUCAGUCAGUCACUCUUCCACGUGAUAAAACACCCAAUGGAAAUGUUGAACAAUUUGAAGUCACAUUCUAUU